CUCUCAAGUAAACCCACUCUUCAUUUUUUAAUUCUUAUUACUUUCUACACACUCAGUCAUCAUUCACUAUAUAAACACUCACAAGUCACAAACACUAAAACCCACAAAGAUCAAAAUAAGAUCUAAGAAAAUGAGAAUCCAACUCCUCUUUUUAUUCAUCUCUCUCUUAAUCUUGAACUCUGAAUCACUAAACUGCAAUGGAAAUAGCCCACAAGGCCACCCCUCAGAUCUAAGAGUGUUCCACAUUGACAGUCCUUGCUCUCCAUACAAACAACCAAACACUGUCUCAUGGGAAAGCACACUUACUAAAGACAAUGCUCGUCUCCAGUACUUGUCAAGCCUCGCCGUUGGUAAGAAACCUUGGGUCCCAAUCGCCUCGGGACGUUCCAUCGUUCAGAGCCCGACUUACAUCGUGAGGGCUAACAUUGGGACACCGGCCCAGCCCAUGCUCGUGGCUCUUGACACUAGCAAUGACGUUACUUGGGUUCCUUGUUCUGCUUGCGUUGGUUGUGCUUCCUCUGUUCUCUUUGACCCUUCAAAGUCAAGCUCUUCUCGCACUGUUCAAUGCGAAGCUUCCCAAUGUAAACAGGCUCCAAAUCCAACGUGCACGGUGAGCAAAUCAUGUGGCUUCAAUAUGACUUACGGUGGAUCAACCAUCACAGCAUCUCUGACACAAGAUACGCUAACAUUAGCCAAUGACGCCAUCCCAGGCUACACUUUUGGGUGCAUCAACAAAGCCACCGGAACAUCGUUGCCAGCGCAAGGACUCAUGGGUUUAGGUCGUGGUCCAUUGUCUUUAAUCUCACAGACGCAAAACCUUUACAAGUCUACAUUUUCGUAUUGCUUGCCUAAUAGUAAGUCAAGCAGUUUCUCCGGAACGUUAAGAUUAGGCCCUAAGUUUCAACCAGUUAGGAUCAAGACCACUCCAUUGUUAAAGAACCCAAGGAGAUCAUCGCUUUACUAUGUUAACAUGGUUGGGAUUCGUGUUGGUAAUAAAAUUGUGGAUAUUCCUCCAAGUGCACUUGCCUUUAACCCGGCCACAGGAGCUGGCACCAUCUUUGACUCCGGGACGGUCUACACGAGGCUAGUGGAACCAGCUUACGUUGCCGUGAGAAAUGAGUUCAGGCGACGGGUCAAGAACGCCAACGCAACAUCACUCGGAGGUUUCGACACUUGUUACUCCGGCUCCGUCGUGUUCCCAUCGGUCACGUUUAUGUUCGCGGGAAUGAACGUGACUCUGCCUCCGGACAAUCUUCUCAUCCACAGCUCCUCCGGUAGCACAAGCUGUCUCGCCAUGGCCGCAGCUCCGAACAACGUAAACUCCGUCCUUAACGUCAUUGCUAGCAUGCAGCAACAGAACCACCGUGUCCUCAUCGACCUUCCCAAUUCCAGGCUCGGCAUUUCACGUGAAACAUGCACCUAAUUUAAUCUGUGCGUGAGAAUGUGUUUUGUUUUUGGGUUGAUUCCGUGUUAUCUAUCUAUCGCUUUUUAGACUUCUUGAAUUUGAAAACAUUAUACAUUAAAGAUAUUUCGUAUUAUCUUUCUA